AUGUUAAUGUCAGCGAGAAGACUUCCUAAUAUUGUAGGAUGGUGUUCGAUUGGCCUCUUCAGUGCAUGCAUAGUUCAAUCCUUAAAAGAUGAUUCGAAGGAGGAAACCGACGCGAUAAGCAAAGUUCGUCAACUUGUUCCAAGAGAUCGGAUCGUUGGAACUGAAUACAAUCUACUGACCAAUCAUCCACAGCAUGCCUUUUUCGACGAACGUCGACUGGCACAAUCCUCAGCUAGUACCAGUAGCGAAUCGAUUGAUGGUGAAGACCUAGUGAGUCUGAAGGGUUCAACCUACGACCCCCAAAAGGUCCAUGCCUCCGGAUCAUCGGCUGCUUUUGUAGGCAUGCAAUUACACGUUUAUCACCACAUGCCUCAGCACUUGUCGGAUGCAAGCUCAGUAGUAUCAGGGGACGAGUGCCAUGAAAUCGAAGCUCAAACGACAGCAGAUAUUGAUCAACUAGGAGAUGAAAAUGAGCGGCUAUACUACGACUCCUUCGUUUAUGAAAAAGCUUACCAAUUGAUAGAACCAUUAUCAUUAGAGCUCGGUGUACCACCGAGGCACAAUCUGGAUUUCGCCUACAAACCUGUGAUCCCUCAGGAUAAACCAUUCACGCAACAGCUCGAAAGUGAUGAAAAGGAUGACGGUACAGAUAGUCCGCCGGACACACCGUGGGUUGAUGACGACAAGAAAGAUCCAGAAAAAUUAGCAUGUACAGAUGUAUCACCCACUGAAAAUGUAUUUUCAAACUGGUGGAAAUGGUGGCUGCCGUGGUCUCAUAAUAAGUGGUGGCAAAACCAUGGAUCUAAGCGAUCAGACUAUAAGAUGGGAGAUUCUGCUUUUGCUGGGGGCUCACAUGGUGAGAUAUGGAAAGGACACCGAAUAUGCCAUGAUUUAUCGAGCACAGAUUGCGAUGAUAAGAAACCAUUGAUAUUGAAACGGCUCCGCGUCGAAAAAGGUUAUCGUCUCCUUGAGGCUGGGCUUCGCGAGAUCUAUAUGGGCAAUUGGAUCCGACAUGAGCUCCAAGAGGCACAACAGUCCUUGUACACAGCUUAUGUGGAUCACUUCUUUCGCGAGAUACCCGUCAAGAGAUCAUUUGGUCUGUAUCAGAAUACAAAGCUAGAGCUUUGGAUUGUCUUUGAACAUGCAGGUGGGCCAUCCUUGCGUUCGUACAUUUACGACACCGUCACCAGUGAAGGAGGAGGAUUCGUCAUGUACCAGCCCAGUCGGUUGUGGUCAAGCCUUCGAUCCUUUCGAAGAAAAUCGGAUCAUCAAGAUUCAUCAUUGUCUGUCAAUCUUCGAGAAGGAAAGAGCAGCCAGUCUGAUCUGCAAGAUGCCAACAGCAAUGACCAGCCAAAGCGAGAGCUAGCAUCCAGAGGCAAUGGAGGUGACGUACUUCGAACAGUCCUGAAACAAGUCCUAUCCUCAGCUGCGUUACUUCAUGAAAACGGAUAUGUACAUCGCGAUAUCAAACCGUCUAAUGUAAUGUGCUCGACCGAUACUACACCUUCUUACGACUGGAAUGAAAUUCCUCAACUGUCUAACAUUAAGUGCAGAUUAGGUGACUUCUCUAGUGCAUGGGACAAUAACUACAUUGCAGCCCAUUUGUACACUAUGGGGCCAAGUCCAGCUGAACAGACGGACGAGUAUGCACCUCCCGAAUCCUACAUCAGCGACGAAUGGGUACCCUUCGACAAGGACAGACCGCAGAGCUAUGAUUCUUGGAGUAUUGGAGUGUUGGCAUUGGAGUUGCUAUUGGGCACGCCGAAUGUUUUCACUGUAGAUCAGAGAACAACAGCGUUGCUCACCAACAAAAUGAAAAAAGAAAAUGCUUCGGAGGAAGAAAUCCAGCGUGCACUUUAUCUUGCGGCGCUGUCGAACUUUUGCAUUUACAUGCCUGGUAACACACGAAACAACAAUCCAAAGAAUAAUCUAAGUGGACCGAGUACUGGUCGAGACAGCUGGCCACUUCGGCACGGUGAUCCAUUGCACAAAACGUCCAUAUCACAGCAAUCUUGUACGAUGCGCGACUUCCACCAUGCACUUCGCGCAAGAGAUCCACUCGGACUUGGUUUUGAUUCAUCGGCUGAUUUGCUGCUGCAUUUGAUCUGGCAACUGCUAGCAUGGGAUGCAAAAGAUCGUAUCACAGCUGCUGAAGCUCUUCUUCAUCCCUAUUUUUCGAGUCCGGAUGGCAGUCUCUUCGAUUCAUUAGAGUGGGACGCGCCUCCGGCCACCAUGUUCUUUCCGUCGUCUGAUCCGCGGCUGGAUUUUUACCCGGCUGCCUACUCAGUCGAUGAGUUUGUGUGCCCCAAAUGUGGACGCUCUUUCUCCGACUGGCGUUCUUGUCACGUCCAUGUAAACGCUCGCAAACAUGGGCGCUUUUGCACCUACGAUCGGACUAACUUGCCAACGUGCAUCAAUACGCAUUCCAUGCUGCCCGCACAUCCCACGUCGGGAUACUGCGACCUCCAAGGGCGAAGAAGUGUGAUUGAAGAUUUUCAUUCAAUUCAAUUGGAUGCUACUGUUCAAUUCUAUGGUAUCUUUGAUGGACAUACCGGCAAUUUAGCGUCAAAAUAUGUUGCCUCCACUAUGUAUGAUCAAUUGCUUGCACAUCUGCAUCUCAACGGGCUCUCCAAUCUCACCAAGACCGAUUCGCUGCCCACCAUUUGGAAAGAAGAAAUUCGAGCCAAUGUGUCAGGGGCCUUUGCCCAACUUCACGAAGACUUUGUAGAACGGACAAGUAGAAUGAAUGGUUCGACUGUGGAUCGCUCUGGCACAACGGCAACAAGUUUGUUGGUCACCGACGACGUGGUAGUGGUCUCGAGUAUUGGUGAUUCGAGGGCCGUUCUCUCUUCAAUAAAUGAAAAUGGGGAAAUUACAGCCAUUCCACUCACAAAGGAUCAUGUAGCAUCCGAUCCUAGCGAGCAAAGCUUUGUCAUCGAAAAGGGAGGUUUUGUAAGUUCUGUUGGAGGAAUUGAUCGUGUCAAUGGUACUUUGGCCAUCACUAGGUCGAUUGGAGAUGUUGGAUUGGCACCAGUGCUGAGUCGAGUACCAAAUGUUAAAAUCUUCACACAUUACGAGAUAGGGGACCUUUGUGGCGCAAAUCAACAUCAAAGUAUUCCAUGCUUUGUAGUUUUGGCCUCAGAUGGGUUAUGGGAUGUAAUGUCCAAUCAGGAGGCUGUUGAAAUGGUUGCCAUUGUCAUCGCAUCGUAUGAUGCAACUGAUCGAGUCAGUUGGAACAACGGAGGGGCUUUUCAGGAAGCAGCAGAAGUUUUGGCUGUAGACGCCUAUGUUCGCGGAAGCAAUGACAACAUUGGAGUAUGUGUCGUUGCAUUGCUGUCUGGGGAUAGAUAA